GGAAACGCCUCGCCCCCGUCGCCAGGACGAUCUGGGGCGCAAGCGGGCGAAAUUUACUCUUUCUACCGCCAGUCUUUCUGUGCCUUUCGAUCGGAGGCCUGCAGGAAAUAUCUGGAGAACUUCCAAACAAACCCAAAUGAUCGAUCCAAUUGAGAACAGCACCAGACCGGACUCGUGAUGCUGCCUUGAGAGACACGCCAACCGCCAACCUUCGAUAUCAGCGCACGGACCAUAUCUCUCAGGAAGCUUGCAAGCUCAUUUCCAUGCCAGCAAACGUUCUCGAUUUUGAUUCGCAUCCAACAUCUCGUCGCCAACAUGGUCCUGCGAAGAAUAUGGGCGCUCGCCCUCACCGUCCACAUCGCGGCUGCGUUCAGGGACACCUCGCCAUUCUUCCUCUUCUCCACAACUAGGAUCUCAGACGUCCCAAUUGCACAUUCGCAGCUCGUCUCGUCGUCUGCACUGACAGACCAAGUUUCGCAUGCCCUUUCGUCGUGCCCAAGCGACACGUACAUCAUCAUCGCCCAGCCGGGUGUGUCUGCCUCAGACUUCUCCGCCGGCUCGUCGAGCCCGAAUCUUCGCCAGUAUCUGAACAAGACGGCCGGCAUCGUCGAGACGUGGGUCGUCCCCGAGGUGGCCGGCCUUUUGGACGCGAGAAGUCUCGAAAGACAGGUACAGGAGCGGUGCAAGGCAGACGUGCUUCGGAUUGAUGCCACCACUGGCGCCAUUCCAAAUGAUGGUGUCUACCCCCGCGUAGUCUACGUGCGCUUCCCAUCCCUGCCCACCGCUCGCCACGACCGCAUGUCCAAGCUCGCAGAGCACGACUCCUUCCUUCACGCCGUCAUUUCAGAGGUCGGCGGUGAUAAGUACUCCGUCAUUUACACUACUACGCCGCCUUCGGCCGACUUCACCCCAUCCGAGCAGCAGGUCGCCCCAGACGACUACGAGAUGGACGAUCCAUUCCAAUCCGUGCUCCACACGGAUCUGAAGCGCGAACUAGGCUCUACUCACGCUCAGCGCAGCGACAAGGACAACCUAGCGUUGUUUGACAAGUACCAGUACCUGAGCCCUGGUGUGUUUAUGGGUCUCUUCGUCUUCAUUCUCUUGUUUAUGAUAUUGUACGUCGGCAUAUCUGCCGUGGCCAGCUUGCAAGUCAGCUAUUUUGCUUUCAGCAAGGAGAUGGGCCCUUCGCAGCAAAAGAAGUCAUGAUAGAUGGUGCACGUCGCGCGGGCAUUUCGGGCACGACGGAGUUUAUUCUGGUCGCGUGUAUCAUAGGCACUAUCGGUGCGCACUUGUUUAAUGAAAACGCUGGUAGAGCAAGACCGUUUUUGCGUGGUUAUGGUCUGUAGCAGGUUCGUAGUGCGAGUCAUCACCGCACUGUUCAGGACACGGAAGCAAUGUGUAUGCAAAAAUUGACCUAUUUUGUACUUGGCAGAUGCAUUGAUACAUACAAAAAAAAGAGACGCGUAAGGUUCACGCAGCAGUAGCCGCCGCCGCCUCAUCAGAUAAUUUCAUCAUACACACGCACA